AUGAAUCGACCAUUUUCGUCGAAGCUCACGACGAAGCCCACUCCGGCAACGGCACAGACACCCGUUCCGGCACCACCAACUGCUAAGAUUGAUCGCAGGAAAAAGAAGAAAAAGGAUGAGGAGCAGCAGAGCCGUCGAAACCCUUUGCAGAAUCUAAACGGCUCUGUGGCCGCCAAAUGCAAUAGCAGUGACGCUUCUUCUGUCUCAGUCGAAGCUCCGCGAGGUUGCCUCAGGUUCUUUCUCUCCCAUUCUUCCUCCUCCUCUUCUUCUUCUUCUUCAAAAACCCCUGCUGCUCAAAGGCCCCGAGCUCCUUCCAAAACACCCAAAUCUACCCCCAUACUGCUACUGCGUCCUUCAGAACCUUCCAAAUCUAAGGAGAACCUAGAAAAGCCCCUUUCACGGAAAGCGCGGGUGUCCAAGAAGAGUCCCUCCUGUCUCAACCAGUGGCACUCUGGGAAGAAGCCUGUUUCCAGAACUUGGCAAAAAUCCAAACUUUCUUCUGUUUUGAACUCAAAUGCUAAUUCCUCGAGUAAAUUAGAAUGUGGGUCUGUGGUGAAAAGCAUGGUGAGGACAGUUGGAAAUGCAAGUGAGAUCACUGAACUCAAAUCAUGUUGUAUUGAUGAGAGAUUUACACCUUUGAGUAAGAUCUCAAGUGGUUUGCAUUCAGACUGUGCAGCUGAGAAUGCUUUGGAACAGAAUUCCAAUAAGAGCAAUAGCAAAACUCCUCCUGUUCAGGCAUCUGUGUCUCCUGAAAUGCAAUGCGGGUCAUCUAUGGUGUCAACCACAACCACACCUGCUUGUUAUGGAGCUGGCCACGUUGUUUCGGGGAUCACUGACAAGAGGAAGUGUCGGCCUAGAGGGAUACUCGCUGUAGGAGAGAAUAACACAGGCUUUCUAAAAGGUAAAGCUUUAUGUAAUUUUGAUGAUGACUACGUCGUGCAUGACAAUGUCGAAGGGGUUAUUACCAGCUCUGAUGCUUCUAUGGUCCCUUUGCCUACUGAAGCUUCAAUGCGUUGGCUUUUAUCACCUUGUAAUGAGGACGAUGAAGAUCGCAAGGAGAACUUUGAAAACGGUUCUUGUGGAUUUCAGAGUCCCCAUUCACCGUUUUCUCCUUCCUCUGGUCAGAGGUGUUCUUCUGAUGAACUUAAUUCGACAAGCGUUACUAAAUGUAUUAGGAUGAGUUCUUCUUCUUUAAUCUCCCCCAUUGGACUUCCACUUUCUGAAGAAACCUCGGAGCCUGUAAGUGGCCAUUUCCCUGUCUUAUCCUUUCCCCUUUCUACACCUGGCAGCAAGGAUCAUGUCACCUUGAAAGGAGGAGGAAAAGACCAUUAUGAUCUUGAUGGUGAGAGUUCUCCCUUCUCCAUGGAUUCCUUGGGUAGUGGAAAUGUUGUCUGCACCCCUGAAUCAGACUCUUCAUAUGGACGUGCUGGCUUAUUAUGGUUAACUUCAGGCAACCACAAGGCAUAUCAGCUUGCUUCUGAACUCACUUCGACGACUGAAGCACUUCAUGUGGCAAGCACCAGUGCAUCAGUUAAGGACCAAACUGACUUGAGUUUCCAGUUUGAUAGUCUAACUACAUCUUGCAAUUCCUUUGUCCUUACCCAAUUUCAGCAAGUAUUCCAUGAUCAGGGUUCUGGGAAUUCCAGCUCUACACUGGAGAAUGAGUCACAAUCCCAGAUGAGGAUAUCAUGGAGAGAAGGAUUGAUGAGCCAGAUUUAUGAGAUGGAUGAAUUUGAUUGCUGCAGAUGCUUAUCGGAUGAUGAAGAGGAUGAUGCCAAUCGCUGCAGCAAUGACCAGUUAGAAUCUAGACAGAGCUCUGAUGUCAAGGAGAAUAAUCAGAUUUUAACCCAAGAUUCUUGGUCUGCUAAAGCUUUGGACAAUGAACCAGAAGUAGGAGUUGAUGGGAAGGGUAAAGAAAACUUUUCUCCUGGCCCUCCUCAAUUAUCAUGUUCAUGUGCAGAAUCCAUAAGCAUUGAUGGAGGUAGCCUGCUUGCUUCAGUGGAUUCGGAUUGGACUCAAUGCUACAAGAAUGAACUAUUCCAAGUAUAAUUCAUUACCUUUUCUUUUUAGUCCUUUUAGGGUGGGUAAGUCUCAUUAACCUUAGCCUCGGUUAAUAGUGGUUCGCCUUUGUUGAGAAUUACCACUAUUGUAUUAUGUUCUUUUCGUAGUUUGAUUUAAUAUCUGUAUCAUAGAAAUUUCCUGGAAUUGAGACUUCUACUUAUAAUUAAAAUUGUGAGGAAUCUAUUUACAAGUUUGCUAACUCUAUGCUGAAUAAAAACAACUCAUUAGAAGCU